UUUACAGAAGCUCAGCGUCAGGAAAUUGUCGAGUCGUUGGCCAUGAAGCUUGGUCCUGAGUUCAUGUCGCAUCGGAGUGGUCCUGGAGGGUCCAAACUCACAUAUUUAGAGGGUUGGAAAUCAAUCAACCUUGCCAAUGACAUUUUUGGUUUUGAUGGCUGGUCAUCUUCUGUGAUUGAUCAAACAGUGGAUUUUCUUGAUAACGAUAAUGGAAAGUAUAGUCUUGGUGUUUCAGCUAUUGUUCGAGUCACUCUUAAAGAUGGUACUUUUCAUGAAGAUGUCGGAUAUGGAAGCAUUGAAAACUCACGUUCCAAGAUUGCUGCGUUUGAAAAGGCAAAAAAAGAAGCAGUUACAGACUCGCUUAAGCGUGCUUUGCGAUGUUUUGGAAACAGUCUAGGAAACUGUUUCUAUGAUAAAAACUACAUGAAAAAACUAUCCAAACUA